AUGGCCGAAGUCGAUACCAGGCCAGAGGAGCCUGUCUCCGCCGUAAUUGAACAAGCGCAAGCCGGAGAAGACGCGACAGACGCGCAGACGCAGGAGCUUGCUCUCACCACAACCAACACCGAAGUCGCCGCCCAAACAGAGAAGAAGGUCAAAAAGAUCAUCCGGCGCAAGAAGAGACCGGCGCGACCUCAAAUCGACCCGGCGCUGGUCAAAUCCGAGCCGCCCCCGCAGACAGGAACAACGUUCAACAUCUGGUACAAUAAGUGGUCCGGUGGCGAUCGCGAAGACAAAUACCUAUCCCAAACACACGCAAAGGGAAGAUGUAAUAUCGCCUUGGAUACUGGAUACACGCGCGCCGACGGAGUAGCAGGAUCAUUCUUCUGUCUGUUUUUUGCGAGGGGCGUCUGUCCCAAGGGCCAGGAUUGCGAGUACCUCCAUCGACUACCUACAAUUCACGACAUAUUCAACCCCAAUGUGGACUGUUUUGGACGCGACAAAUUCAGCGACUAUCGCGACGACAUGGGCGGUGUGGGCAGCUUUAGCAGGCAAAACCGGACGAUUUACAUUGGUAGAAUCCACGUGACGGAGGACAUUGAGGAGAUCGUGGCCCGUCACUUUGCCGAAUGGGGACAAAUAGAAAGAAUACGUGUGCUCAACACGAGAGGUGUGGCGUUCGUUACCUAUUCGAAUGAGGCAAACGCCCAAUUCGCCAAGGAAGCAAUGGCCCACCAGUCACUAGACCAUAACGAGAUUCUCAACGUUCGCUGGGCGACAGCGGAUCCCAACCCCAUGGCACAGAAACGCGAGGCGAGACGUAUCGAGGAGCAAGCCGCCGAAGCCAUUCGACGGGCGCUGCCUGCCGCGUAUGUUGCCGAGAUCGAGGGCAAAGACCCAGAGGCGCGGAAACGGAGGAAGAUCGAGAGCAGUUACGGCCUGGAAGGAUACGAGGCGCCAGACGAGGUACACUUUGCUCGGGGAAAGAAUGCGGUCAACCCCAGGGGUCGCGAAGGAUACGAGCUGGAGGAUCAGCAACUGCUGAUGCUCGAAGCUGGGGAGGCUGGAGGGUGGGGACAGGAGCAGGAGGAAGAGGCAUAUCCUCAGGAACAACAACAGAGUUCCGGUGGGAUCUUGUCUGGCACCACGCUUGCUGCGCUACAGUCUGCUAGAGUUGCAGUUGCGGCAAAACCGAAAGCACCUGUCUCGGCGGGACCGCUGGUGGCUUAUGGUAGUGACGAUGACAGCGAUUGAGAUAUGACUGGGAAGAAGUUAUUUUGGUAAUGAUGAUAAGAGAAUGAGGCAGCAGGAGCCAGUGCAUAGGUGCCAUUUUUUGGCAUAGAAAUAAUAAGAUGCCAGAUGAAGA